AAUCCCACUUCUUCUGUUCAGCCUCUUCUUCCGCCUCUCAGUUUCUCUUUUUCACUCUUGAGUAGUUCAGUUCAGAAAUCAGAUUCGGUUUCCACACUUCAAAUCACCAGCAACAAACCAACACCGGAAGCUCAAAACAUGCCUAAGAUAAAGACCAACCGUGUCAGAUAUCCAAAUGGCUGGGAGCUGAUUGAGCCCACUCUACGUGAGUUGGAAGCAAAGAUGAGAGAAGCUGAAAAUGACCCACAUGAUGGAAAGAGAAAGUGUGAAGCAUUAUGGCCCAUUUUUAAUAUCGCACAUCAGAAGAGUAGAUAUAUCUAUGAUCUUUUCUACAGAAGGAAGGAAAUUUCUAAGGAGCUGUAUGAGUUCUGUUUGGACCAAGGGUACGCUGAUCGCAACCUAAUUGCCAACUGGAAGAAGUCGGGAUAUGAACGCCUAUGCUGCCUGCAAUGUAUUCAGCCACGGGACCACAACUUCGGCACCACUUGCGUAUGUAGAGUUCCCAAGCACCUGAGGGAUGAAAAGGUCAUUGAAUGUGUACAUUGCGGAUGCAAUGGUUGUGCCAGUGGUGACUGAUUUUUACUAUUUUAUUCAGGUUGAGGACAAUGUUUUCACUUGUUGAGUUAUAGACUCCACAGAGAUAGCCGACUAUCUUUUGUUUUGCAUCAAAACGGAAGAAGAUUAGCUCGAUCGGCUAGAAUGGUUCUUGACCAGAGUUUGCUAUGUUCUCCGUGCAUUUCUUGGAAGAAAUUCUGGAAGACCCAACUCUCUCCUAGAAUCCUCAACUUCUUGCGGAAAUGUAUCCAAGGUUGUCUUCAUACAGGUGAAAGAAUGCAUAAGCUAUGCAGGAAUGGUUUGACUAAACUCUCUAGCAAGUUCUAACUCACAGCUUGAACGAAUUCAAGACAACAGUUACAAAAGCUGGGAUGGAUCACCGGAUCUGUUUCUGAAACUGACGUAGCAUUUGAUGGUGUUUCAAAAAAUGCAUCAUGAUUUAUUUAUUUUAUUUAUUUAUUUUCUGUAUCUGACUUGUCUGUAUCUGACUUGCCUAGUUUUGAAUGAAAAUCAUCUGACUCAUCUGAAUCUGAGUCAGUGGUUUG